CAAACUCGCCCUGCUUUACAGCGAGGAAGAGAAGGAACGGAAAGCAUCGGCUCUGCACACACUGCUUUAAUAAUAAAAUAAGAGAGGCUAUUUGACAAAAGCCGGCACUGACUGCAGGGGCUGCGGAGGAGGUGGACGAGUGCAAUGAUGACGGACAAAUCUGUAAAAGACGUUGACAGAUACCAGACUGUCCUCAACUCUUUACUGGCGCUGGAAGAUAAUAAAUACUGCGCUGACUGCGAAUCAAAAGGUCCAAGAUGGUCGUCCUGGAAUUUGGGCAUCUUCAUCUGUAUCCGCUGUGCUGGUAUCCAUCGAAACCUGGGGGUCCACAUAUCCAAGGUUAAGUCUGUCAAUCUGGACCAGUGGACACAGGAGCAGGUCCAGUGUGUUCAGGAGAUGGGAAAUGCCAAAGCCAAACGUCUCUACGAGGCAUUCUUACCUGAGUGUUUUCAGCGCCCCGAGACAGACCAGUCUGCAGAGAGCUUCAUCAGGGACAAGUAUGACAAGAAGAAGUACAUGGAUAAGGUCAUUGACAUCCAGAUGCUCAGGAAAGAAAAGAGCUGUGAAAACAUACCUAAAGAACCAGUUGUGUUUGAGAAGAUGAAAUUGAAAAAAACCAUCAGUCCCAAGACAGAUUCCCAGUCUGUUACAGAUCUGCUCGGAUUAGAUGCCCCUGUUGCAAGUCCUGUAGUGUCUAAUGGUGGAGGAUGUGUUCCAGACAGUAAUAAGAGCCCAGCGGUGUCCAAUCCAGCUCUGGCACACUCUGCACUGGAUCUCUUCAGCUCCCUGCCAGCAGCCUCCUCUGCUUCCUUCACUAAAACCACGCCUGUUUCCAGCUCCAUGCAUCAGAGCAGAGUGACUGCCUCGGUGCCUGAAAACCUCAGUCUGUUCCUGGAUCCGGCACCCAAAGCAGAGGAGGCCACUGUCAAGAAACUGUCCAAGGACUCUAUUCUCUCUCUGUACGCCUCUACCCCCUCAGUGCACACCAGCAGUAUGGCUACUCACGCAGGGUUGUACUUGAACCAAAUAGGAUACCCGACACACCCGUACGGAUCGUACCAUUCCUUAGCCCAGGCAGGUGGCAUGGGAGGCACCAUGAUGACAUCACAGAUGGCCAUGAUGGGACAGCAACAGAGCGGCCCGAUUAGAGCUCAACAGAGCGGCAUGAUGGGACAGCAGAAUGGCUUAAUGGGUGCCACGGGUGCCAUGGCUCAGCCUAGUGGCGUUAUGGCAUCACCCUACAUGACAGGAAUGACCCAGGGCAUGAUGGGACAGCAGCAAAGCGGAAUGAUGGUUCAGCAGCAGAGUGGCAUUAUGGGACAGCAGCAGAGUGGCAUCAUGGGACAGCAGCAGAGUGGGAUGAUGGGACAACAGCAGGUUGGAGGCUUACCUCAUCAGCAGGUGUACGGAGUGCAACAUGCCCAGCAGCUACAGUGGAACAUUACUCAGGUGACUCAGCACAUGGCCGGCAUGAAUCUCUACAACACCAACGGCAUGAUGAGAUACAGCAGUCAACAAAUGGGAGGCUCGACAACUCCAAGCUCAGCGCACAUGACAGCACACGUUUGGAAAUGAUCUCAUCUAUCCAGAAAGUGAUUUAACGCCAAUAACCCACAAAAGAGAGGGGAACUGAGUUGUAGGAAUCGGUGGAUCACACUCUCCAGGAGGACAUUUUCUAAUGCAAGGGAGGAGGAGAAUGAGGAGGAGACAGAUGUAAAGAAAAAUAGGGUUUGGGAAACCAUUACUACCUCUCUUUCUCUCUCCAGUCUGCCCAUGCUUCCUCUUCUUGUCCCAUACAUUGCCAUGUUUUGCAUAUUCCCAUGCUUGCCUUCAGGACACUUUGGUAUGAUGUCCAAGACAACAGGGUUCAGAGGUUCACUGGUUAGGACUACACAUCUACACAUCUUUCCUACCUGCCUGUAUGUGAGAUUGUGUGCGCCAUAAAGACAAAAUGGAUUUUUUUUAUUACAUACAUUUGCUGUAUGUAGGUGUCAACUAACUGCUUCACCUAAAAGAACAGUUUGGUUUUUGGAGAACAUUGUUUUUCUUACUUGAUCAGAAUCAGCGCAGCUUUAACUCAAUUGGUUGAUGUGCUUCAAUAUUGAUGUUUAUUUGAACAAUACGCAUUUACCAUAAAAAGAGAAAAACAUAUCUUGUUGCAAGAAUAAUGGGUUAAUGUUUUGUAAUUUGUUAAAUAGUAUAACAUGUUGGGAAAUAUUCGUAUUUGAUGUUUUGCUAAGUGUUAAAUGAGUAGGUCAAUACCACUCUUAUGUCUGUACGUCAAAUAUGAGGCUACCACCAGCAGCUGGUUAGCUUAGCAUAAAUACUAGAAAAAAGACUGACUUUGUAUGUAUUUAACAAAUGAAAUAUAAUGUGUUAAUCAGCGAGCUUUAGAUGUGCUGGUUGACACUUUGGACAGAGACAGGCUAGCUGUUUCCACCUGUUUCUAGUCUUUGUGCUAAGCUAUCUGGCUGCUGCCGUUAGCGUACCAUGCAGACGUGAGAGUGCUAUCAAUUUUCUCAUGUAACUCUUGGCAAGAACGUGAAUUAGCGUUCAGCUAAGAUUUUGGUUCAUGUUAAACCAAAAUCUUUUAACCCAUAACAAUGUUUCUUAAAUAGUUCACAUCAGAAUCCGAUAAUAAGCUUAAUUUGAGCCGCAACCGUAUUUGUGAAGGAGCAACUAAAAAUGUUUUUCCAGCCAGCUUUUAAGCGCACAAGGGUUAAGAGUUUGAUAGCUUAAAGGUUUCAGUCGACAAAUCGUUUUAAAUUAUAGUUCCCUUCUUGUUUGAAGGAAAAUCAAGCUAGGCUAGGCUAUGCUAACUUAGUCUGUUAAUUUAUCACCUUCAAGUACCUAAGUUGUAAAAUCUUACAAACAACAAUGUAUCCCCUUCCUAAAUACAACAAUAUUUAAAUUUAAGAAAUCCCUUUACGUGUUGAUAAGUUCCUAGAUCCUCACUGUCUCACAAGUUAAAGCAGCAACACAACCUACGUAAACCUUAUUUAUGAUGUCUUCUACUCAAUUUACACAGGGCUUCUUUUAGAUUCAAUAUCUAAUAAGUGUCAAAGGUCCUAAACUGGAUUUUGGGAGACCAAAGAUCAACGCUAGCUUUAUUAUGGUUGUACAGUAUGCCAAUGCUUUGUUACAUCUGUGUAGACACUUAGCUAGUGAUCAGUAAAACAUUCAACACUCCUUUAACAGUAUGUUCUGUCAAACCUGCUCUUACACAAUGAACAUUUGGGCAUAUCAAUUCACUGUGCUAUUUCCGGUGGGACAUUUAACAAGUCACUUGCAUGCACGUAAAUGUUGAGGUAACACUCACACACCUCGAGUUAAUCUACCUUGUACAAUAGAGGCCUCAAAUAAUGUUGAAUGUCUGUAAAUAAGAGAUAAGUAGAGAGAAAGGGAGAGAGAGAGAGAGAGAGAGAGAGAGAGAGAGAGAGAGAGAGAGAGAGAGAGAUGGGGACAAAGAGUCAAAAGAAAAGCUUUAAGGUACAGAUCAGCCAUGUUUCAGAUUGUUCCACUGAAUUGCAUGAAGAGAAUGUUUAUCUAGCUCUGAUUGUAUGUACUGUAUGUUUAUCAAGAUACCUGAAUGUGUCUCUCUGAAUGUUAAUCUCUCUACAUGUCGAUCGCUCUACGACCAAGACACAACAAAAUGUCUCAAUGAAUGUGCGUCCUGAAUGUGUUUCGCAAAUGUACCAACUCGUUUUGAAUAUGCACACCUGAGUAUUGUUGGGGUGUGCUUGUUUUUGAUAUUCUACGACUCUGUCGAGCAAUGUACACGUCGUGUCUUUGGAAUGUUCUGUCGUCCUGUCCGUUUUUGGAGAAUUGUUAAAUUCCAACCAAUGUUUUUUUAAAUAUCUUACUGUCAAAUUAACAGCAAACUGUGACCAGACUGACACAUUUUCAGGUCACUCGGGGGCGUUUACAGUUUGGCCAAAUCACAUUGUGAAGCAAAAAGCGAUUGUACGCCCACAAUCUGUCACCUCUCAAUGUUUAAGUGAACCCUUCCACACCUCUCCUACACAAGCCAUCUCUCUCUGUGUCCUGAUUUUCUCUGGAAGUGUUCUAAAUAUGUCCAUUCUUAUAAAUGCAUGAAGCCAUUAGUGUAAAUAAUCUGUCUUUGUUUUUUGUUUUUCUUCGUAGAAACACUUAGGUGUUAAGUUGACACUUUGACUGUGAGGCAUAAGAGUUAAAAGAGAAAUACAUUACCAUACUCUGCCAUAAUAAGAUUCAUAUUAACUGCUGCCAAUAAACAAGCAGUACAGCCUUUCACAACUCAGAUAACCCGUCUAUUUCUUCCAGGUAUUUCUUUCAAUUUGAGCUAAUUUGGUGGCAGUUGAGGCAACAGUUUGACAGCAGCAGACACUUUCUCAGCUGAGAGCAAUAUCACCAUCUGGGCAGUGUAACAGCAGAUCUGUCAGCUAUAGUGAAGAAAAGUUUCUGGAAAAAGCAGUAAAAAUCCAUCUCUGUGGGUGAUAAGGCCUCAUCUGAGCGUUUUCAUUUGUGAUUAUCUUUUAACUUUAGUUUGUUUGUAAUCAGUUACUUUUUUUUUUGGUCUGGUAUAUAUUUUCUGUGAAAUAAGAGCAAAUAAAAGGAAUGUAUCUUUUCACUUGUCAA